GCCUUAUUUGUGAACCCAAGAUGUAGGAACCAGAAGAACGAUGAUCAGACAGGUGAGAAGACAAAAAAAACCCCGGUGUCCGCCUUAAGAAGGUCUGGAAGGAAGCAUUGUGCUGACAGCGAGGAGCCCCGCCCCAACCCGCCCCGCCCCGCCUCGUCGGUGUCGACCGGAGCCUCAGCCCAGUCCGAGGCAGGCAGCAACCGGCGCGUCCCCGCCUACCAAUAGGCAUGCUCGGCUCAAGCUGUGCGCCUGUGCCGCCAUGAGCAGCAACACACCGCCGCGACACGCUUCUCGCCAGUGAUGGGCGGUGCUGAGCAGCAGGUCCCCUAAGGCACCACACCCACCUUUGCCCUCACCUCAGCCAACAUGUACAGCGUGGAGGACCUGCUCAUCUCACACGGAUACAAGCUGCCAAGGAGCGGCCCCCCGUCGGCCGCCCCUUACGACAAGCGGCCGGGCGACUGCCAGCAGGAUCUGAUGGACAACAGGGCGGCGGGCCGGGGGGCCAUCAACGGCUACGAGGCGGAGCGCGGGGCCUCGGUGGCCGGCGGGGUGUACGGCGGCAGGCAGGUGCCGCUGAAGGGUUACCCCGGUGUGGACAACGAGGGCGGCAGCAGGAGGAGGAAGGAGGUCUGCGUCGGUAUCCUAGGCGACGCUCAGCCUCUGGGUGAUUCUCUGGCCACCGAUAGCGGUUUCUACGAUGUCCCGAGUUUGACCUACUCAGAGCCGCUAAGUCAUGAAGAGCGGGACAUUUCGUAUUGGCGAAGGCGAGGCCAAGACUUCAGCAUUCUCCUGGACUAUGCUGACGGCAGGGAGCUGAGGGCAUCUGCGGGCGCGUGGAGACCACAAGCCCUAAUAGCAGCAGAGGAACUCAGGGCAGAGAGGAAAGCGCAGCAGCUGUGGGAGGAAAUUUCUUGGCUGAGGGACCAAGACACCCCUGGUCAGCUGAGGGUGACGGGGGAGCGUAAGUGUCAGAGCCUUGAUACAGAGGAAUGGAGGCCCGCCGUGGGCCUGGGAAGGCAGUUGUCGGACGGUGAUGGGGAGAGGUGGACUCAGGACCAUUAUCGCCUGAGGACACCUGAGGGCUUUUUUAACCCUAGAUCAAAAGCAAAGUCUCAGUCUCUUCCUAGAGUUUUGUCGCCUGAUGGCACACACAGCAGAGAGCUUAUUCCCUUCAGACCAAGCAUACCCGACAGACAACCAAGGCUAAACAGCACUGUUUUCUCUGGGCCCUAUAGUAGGUAUAUAUAUAGUGGUGGCAGGGACCGAUGGGGAAGGAAUUCCGGCCCAAGCAGCCAUGUUGCACUUUUACCAAAGCCCAGGUUCAGCAGGCCUGUAAAGCCUCCGUCAUAUGAGAUUCACCAGCAGACGAGGGGUAGUGCAGAGAUGCUUGCUAUAGACCAGGGUCUUAAUCUAAGAGAAAGACCUAUCUUUUAUUCAAGGGGUGGGGACUUGCGACAUGACUAUUUUGCACAACAUUCUCUCACUGGUAUGGAGCCCCCUGGCUACAUCCCGCCUCCUUCUUAUAAAAGAGUCCUGCCCCCAAGAAGUCUUUCAAUCAAUCGCAAUGAAAUGGUCAGCUUUAGGUGGAGAGCAGACUCUUUGCAGCCCAGCUCAGAUCCUGGAAGGUGGCUAACGAGGCAGACAGGAGAUUCAUGGCUGGAACAUUAUGGAGAUCGUGGGACGUCCUAUCGAAAGCAGGUACCUUCUGUACAUGAAGAGCAACCGAAUCAGGCUCGCCCACUACCCACAGAAGAAGCACGAGUUAAGCAAAUCUCAGGUGGGCCCGGCGGAAAUUCUCUAACUGACUCAGACAAGAUCCGCAACAUCAACAAAGAGAUUCCGUCUUCUAAGAAUUUAGGACAAUCUACACAUGAUAGUGCCUUUCCUCCCCAGCAGGGGCAGGCUCUGAACACUGUUCGAAAAACGGCAACGCUUACUGAAAAUGAAAGUAGUAGUAAUCGAUGGUGCAAUAGGGGACUAAACAAAAAAAGUGAGAGUGUAGGUCCAGAACAAAGUCGUAGUCAAUUUUUUCCAUCAUCUAUUCUUGGUAAACCACCGCCCCCCCCGUGCAAACCACCUGACGAGGCUGUUUCUGAAACCGUCGUAGAAGGGAAGAAAGUAGAACAGUCUGAACCACCUGAGAAGGACAAGUCAAAGAAUUUAAAAAAACGACUUAGUGAAACCAUUUUUUGUUUGGUUUCUGUCCCUGUCACCCCUCAGCUCACUGGUACGAUCCGUGAUCAGAAUAACAACAAUGAGAAGUCACCAGACCCAGCUGACAGUCCUAGCGAAAACAAAACUGGCCAUUUAACGAACCAAAGUCUCCAAAGCACAUCGUCAGCUGAGGCCGAGCUGCAAGCACUCACUGGUAGCAUAGCGAGUAGCAAAACCAGCAGCCGAGCAAGCAGUAAAAUGUUCAAGAAAUUACCCUGUAGACCUCCUAAAAUAAACCAUUACAAGGAGUUGAAAUUGUCAGGAUCAUGGCCUGCAAAUCAAUACCGCGACCAAGAGACACAAACUAGCCCAGAGGUUCAAAAACCUGCCCCUGAAAACAAGGAAGCACAAGAAGACCCGGUUCCUGCUGCUACCGAGGUCCCUGCUGAUGGUGGCAAUGUAGUGGGCACGGCCUUCAGUUUCCCAAUAAAGGGAGUGAAGAGCCUAAAACUUUCAAGCAACAGCGCCUUUUCCCUGACCACACCAUUCUCCAACCAGCUGAACAAGAGCACAGCUCAGUCGCCAGCAGUACCAGCCUCAGGAAAUAUUGAGUCCAAACCAGAAGCAAGUGGUGGGCAGGAGAUUUUUGAAGUUCCUGAGUUCCUGUUGAAACCGAUAGUCAGUCAGCGACCAUGGGAUGCUGUCAAAGAGCUGGAGGCCAUUCAGAAAGAAGUCCAGGAUCAGCAACAGCCUGAGAGCAGCAAACAACCCAGUGUUGACAAGUGUAUUGAGGACCUCAACGAGGCCUAUAAAGACAUCUUGGAGCUUGGUGCUGCCAGCAAUAAAGUCCCCGAUGGCUCUGUUCAAAUCCCAGAUCGUAUCAAAAUCCGACUGACGUCCCAGCCUCUCAACAAACCUAGUAGCCUUAGGCGCAGCGCAGUGAGCUGGUCUGUUGAUCCAGACUACAGGGAAGUCAAGAGCGCCUUCUCCAGGCCUGCAACAAAGUCAGUUACGUUCAGUAAGCAGCUUAGGGAGGAGCUCCCUGUGCCACCUCGGGAGUCAGGCUUUAGAGAGUACAGGGUUGUUCCGCAUCUUUCGCGUAGACGUAGCAAUGACGGCAGGACGGUAAAACUGGACCUGCCAGAUGAACCCAUUGAGACGCCGCUUUGCGACUUCAGCCCAACAACACGCACAGCGGCAGCAGAGGUGCCAUGGGCAGACAGACAGCCCAUGCAGGAUGCCUCCACGCUCACAAGUCCUCCGGACUAUGAGGACAUAUGCCAGGCUUUGCGGCAGCCUCAGAAUUCAGGGGAAGCCAACGACCAAGCUCCUCCGCAAGACCUGGAUUUAGAGGAAGAAUGUCCUAUUUGCAAAAGGGAGAUGGAGAACCAGUUGAGACAAGGACCACUGCCUCCACUCCAUGAGGAGAAUAGCUCGGAUAGCUCAGUUAAUCCAAACGGUAGUCCACCACAGCGUGCCGCAGUGCAAAGUCCUUCAGAGGUAACAGAAAGGAAUCAGAAAACCCUUAACUCAAGUUUAAACCUGACAGGGUCCGAAUUGAUAACAGGAGAAGGGAGCAAGAAGCAGGAUUCAUCAACACAAGACAAUUUAGACAGUGUUGAAAAAAAAGACAAUGCUUUGACAGCCAAUGCUGAUGAAUCCACAAUGUUAGUGACUGAUGGGCCGGCAAAGGAACAUGCUUUUUCGGAGGAGGGACAGAAAGAAUCCAUUGAGGGUAAAGCAUCAGAAUGUUUCGAAACUGAAGGUGAACAAGGACGUGAGGUUCAAUCCAACAUAAUGUCUGACGACAAGCAGGAGCCAGACAGGAAGCCAUUUGCUGUCCCAGAACACAGACUUGUUCUAUGGACCCAUCCAGGACGAGACCACCCAGGGUUGCCUGAGUUUCCGCCUGAGAGACUACCACUUUCAGUCGUCCCAAACCUAGACCGCAGGCUGUCUCUGAGCUUGGAGGGGGAGAAGAAGAGCAAGCCUCCCCCUGAUCAAAUCGAAGCGUUGCAAAAUAAGCUAGCUAUUUCCCCAGGACGGGUGGCAGUGGAACGACUGGGCAGAAUGCGGGAGGUGGAUGUCAUGUAUCGCAUGAGGCGUCUCAGCAUCAGGAGUACUGACUCUGGGGAGGGAGAGGGAGAGGCCGAUGGAGACGGUGAGGACUCCUAUAAUGUCUUUGCCGGUUCUCAGAGAGGCGAAGAGAACAAGGAGGUCACCCAAACUCACGAGGACUCUGAUAAAACUGCACCGCAACAUGACAAGUCUUCUUUCAGAACGCUGUGACUCCGAGCCCCUACCCCCCCAGCGGAGACAGUGUAAAAAGACGGCGUCCAUUGUGUCCAUCUUGAGGUUUAGCGCUCCAACACUGUGAACUGGCUGCCUAACUAGAAUGCCUUCAUCUCAUCUUGACACUGAAAUGGCCUUCUUGUCCGACGAGAGCAUUGUGUAACACCCUCACCCUCGGCUUGACUUCUAAGAGUGCUGUUCCACUGCCAAAGGGAGGUGCAACUUCUAAAAGAACCCCUACCCCGUCAUUAUCAAGCAUGGUGGUGACUUCCUCUCUUCCCCGUGCUUUUUUUCUUGGUUGGCAGACAUUUAUGCAACUCAUCCGAGCUUACCGGCGAACACACUCCUUGGUUUCAGGCGAGCCGCGCGUUAUGAAUGUAGACUUUAUUUCGAGGCUUUUUCUUACUAUUAUUUGCUGGGUUGAAAAGCGACACCAAAACAAAGCUGCGCGGGUUGCGUCGGCGGCGGUUUCAGAACCAUCGCGCUCCGGCUCGAGAACUGUUUCGAUUCUUCUUUUUUUCACGAUCUCUUGGCCUUUUCUUUCCGGGUUGCUUUUGAACACAAAGCUUAGCCGAGCUAGACUGGGAUAAGCGAAGCUAAUCGCGCGAUCGUCCGCCCACUGACCCCGCUCCGCAGUGCACCGGUUGCCUUUUUUUCAGGUGAAGUCGGUCCUACCUGAUCUGUCCCACCCACCCAGCUCCCGUCCGGGUACCUUUCAGGAAGCAAUAAAAGGUUGAAGGCUCCAUUGCGCUCUUUCCAGACAGGAAAGAGGAGCUGGAGCAAUGUUGUUGUAUAAAUAAGCUGAGUGCUACCUGUGGGAGUGGUCUUAAUGUGUCAUGUGAUCAUCCUACAGGGACGUGGUGUCAGGGUAUUUGGGGUGCUGCUUUACUUCUUCUACAUGGUAGACAUCUAUCUUCAUGCAUUGCGGUUCGCUGAGUAUUUAUUUUUACUAUCAUGGCCUUGUUAAUCCAUUCGCAUAAUGUAUGUAAAAAAAAAAAAGGGAAAAAAAAAAAAAGAGUCUAUUUUAAAAUAUUUUAAAAAGUAUUUUGUAUUUUAGCCAUAAGAUUUUAUUUGUCCAUUGAAAUGAAAGUAGAUUCAAAUCAUAUUGAGAGUAUACUUCGUUUUCUAGGGCUUUAAAGAUGAGAAAGACACGCGAGCGGACAGACGGCGCGGCGUGCCUUCGCCACAGUUCGGGGGGAUAAUGUGCGACCGGCCAGGUGUCGAGGAUUUUUGUCACGUUUCCGUCCCGGCCAUGAUUAGUGUGUUUUGUGUCACGUCCUCGUCUUGUUUUUCAGCUCACACGCUCGACGCUUCUGUUUUUGGCCGGAAAAACCCCCAAAAACAUG